GUUUAGUGCCACUUGAAUGAACUUUGAUGAAAACCAACAACUUUCCAGACUUUCGUUUACUAUUCCGUGGAAACGUAGCGUUUGAGAGGAUGACAUUGUUAGUGAAAUUUCAUAAUUAAUAAAACCAUUACCCUGUACGUGAUUCACAAGUGAAACUUUGACCUCACCCGACAUACAUGGGUUUGGGAUGGAUAUCGAGGAUAAUUAGGCUGACGUAAUCGAACGCGAUUAAGAAACCUGAUAAAGGAAAAGCUUAACUUAAUUACAAGGGACUUAAAUGACACGAUGGGUACAAUACUUCAGUCGGUGUAACUUCAACGGUUCUGUCAGUCGUGUUUCUGGAUGCAAACAGAAAACUAUACCACAGCAACAAAAAUGAAGUUCAUCAUUAAUGUUUUCGUCGUUAUUGCGUGUCUCGUGCACAUGGCUUUAAGUGAAUCGACCCCUUUCAAGAAGUGUAGUAUAGGCAAGCCACCCCAAGACUUUGUAAUUCAAGGUUGCACAGAGGAACCAUGUAUUCUCGUGAGAAACCGAAUGGCAUCGGCCAACAUAAGUUUCAUCGUUGACAAGUAUACAACCGUUUUGACGCCGCAAGUUGAGGUCUCAAUGCCCGAAGUUCGUGGGCAUAUUUGGAAGAUUUCACAACCCGAAAAUAACGGCUGUGUGAUGUUGUCACGAAAUGAAACAUGUCCUUUGAAAGCCGGUACGAAAUCUACCUUGACUUACCAUGCGUUUGUAAAGUUGCCUCACCGAAAAGCGAAAAAAUUGGUUAAUUUGCGUUUUUCUUUGCUGGAUCAAGACAAUGAGGUCCUCACGUGCUGUCAAAUUGCAGUUAAAAUCACUCGCUAAGUAAAAUGUAUACUUACCACUGAGAUUUAAUUUUUAAUACGUAAAUAGAAAAAAAUAAAAAAUUAAACUAC